AUGGAUGAACUGCAGGCUGUUCGCUAUCUGGAAUCGUUGAUCGGCCAGACGCUGCGGGUGCACGCCACAGACACCCGCAUGUUUGUCGGCACUUUCAAAUGCACGGAUGCGGAAAGGAAUAUUAUCCUCGGAAACACGUACGAAUAUCGCUUUCCUUCCUCCUCGGCCAUCAAGGAUGCAGCAGCAAAGACGAAUGACGGAGAAGAAGUCGUGGCACCUCCGGAACGAAGAAACAUCAAAUUGGAUAUGACGAGUCGGUUUAUUGGUCUUGUUGUUGUGCCCAGUCAACACAUUACGAAGAUUGAGCUUGAGGAAACCCCGCAACAAAGCCACCUCCGGGACACACUGAGAAAGACAUAG